GGGUUUAGAAGGCGGGGCUGCAGUGACGGUUCAAGUUAGCUCAGCAGCCAUUGAUGCUACACAACUACACUAGCAAAUUGACAAUUUCUUCAUAAAUUUACGUUUUUGAGGACUGGAGUCAUGGUUUCUCAUUCCCUCGCCCUGCCCAUGAUCUGCUUCACCACGCUGUGGGCGCUGGUGGGGGUCGUGGCUCCCUUCUUGGUACCCAAAGGACCGAAUCGAGGCGUGAUCGUCACCAGUUUGAUCCUCACCGCCAUCUGCUGCUACCUCUUCUGGUUGAUAGCCAUCCUCGCUCAGACCAACCCUCUAUUUGGCCCUCAGCUGAAGAAUGAAACCAUAUGGUACCUGCGCUACUUCUGGGAGUAGACCAGAGACCUCUGUCAUCCUCUCCCUGGUUCCAACCUUGACUUCAAUUAUCCCUCGUGUGGGCGGCCAUGUUGAACGAAACACAAACACAGCUGAAGGCCACCGGAAUGCUGCCAUUCCUCAAGUGACUCAGCAUUUCUCCAGAGGACACCAAAAAACUAUGUUUUCACACGCUGUAAUGAGAUACAUAACAAAGGAUAAUAAUGUGUGCUUUUAACAAACUGUUUCUAAUAUCCUGGUUACCUUAUUUAGCUAGACAAGGGGGUUGUAUUCAAAUAAAAAAAAUGUUAUUGUCCAGACUGUAGGCUUUAAGCCUUGACCCACAUUUUCCUAACAGAUGAACACAAAUGUAUACGCGCACUCACACAGAGCGCCUGCAGGCCCACACAUAUGGGCUUUAUAUCAGCUAAAUACGCAGCUUAUCCUCUGUAAUAUUCAUAAAUAGGCCAUGAUGUGCUGAUGUGCCAACCCCAUUUCUCCAAAAAUACAUUAAGAUUUAACUAUAUUUAUGCGCGCAUCCAUAUGAGAUGGCCUAAAUAAGACAGGCAGUGCAGUAGAUGACAGAGUAGCUGCAAAACUAUUGAUGCAUAUUUUUGUCACUUGCCAAAAAUAAUUCAAACAUGAAAGACUAAGUAAAAAGUACAAAUAACUAGUAUACUGUAGUACUGUAUACAUAAAAUUACAACACCUGUGGGGUUCACACUUUUGGUUGUCAUUUUUAUAUGUCAUUAAAAAAAAUGUACAAAAAUAACACACUAUGAUUUUUCAGUAUUUUGUAGCCAUCAGUGGUAAAAGUUUGGGCACCCCUGAGUAAAACGAUGGACUGAAGCUUUUUGUGGUUGGUGGGUUGUACAUGUAGUAUACCUCCGUUAAAAGUCGUAGAUCCACAGGUAAAGUUCGUCCUGGAGGGCCCUGCACUCACGCUGCCAAGAAGGGGUCAUCGGGUUCACAUCUGCAGGCUUGGGUGUCCUCAAGCGCAGGUCAUGUGACUCCGCCUCCUGUCAAAUCACGUUUGUAUACAAAAAUACUUCCGCUUUCACAUGACUCGAAGUGGUCCGGCUGCUUAAAGGCGAAUAAAAAACGUUAACGUGAAAUCGAGUUUUCACAAUAAAACUGCUAACUACAAGCGUGGACGUAUGCGAUAUGUGAUGCUUGGCGACUCCUGAUUUGUUCUGAAAACCUUACAUUAGAAUCGUCGAAACACGCAAUUGAGCAGGAGGACAAGACAGUACCUUAGCGUUCAGCAUGGCGACUUUUAUUGUGACACCCCGAAGAGGAAGUGUGUACGCUCAUCUCCCGCCAAGGUGAACUCUUAGCUGCUUCACGGAGAGCCGCAAAGUGUUUACAUUUGAACCAUCUAUCCCCCUCAAUGAAACACCAAAGAUGC